GAGAGUGGGCGAGCGAGCGAGAGAGCGAAAGGCUCGGAUUGUAACGUCCAGCCGUCUCGACUCUCACUGGAAUAAUCUAAAACCACCUCAGAACAAAUGGUCUGAAAGGAUAAGACAUCUUAGACAUUGGAAGCCUGUCUCUGUGCACGUGUCUGGGAUGAAGCACCCGUGGGACAUUCACUUCCUCCUGCUCGUCCUCCUCUACCUGUUGGGAGCCGUCACAUCACAGGUCAACCCAGGUGUGUGUCGGUAUCCUCUGGGCAUGUCAGGAGGGCAGAUACAGGACGAGGACAUCUCCGCCUCCAGCCAGUGGUCUGAAUCCACUGCUGCUAGAUAUGGCAGGUUGGACUUCGAGGAGGGCGAUGGCGCGUGGUGUCCAGAGAUAACAGUGGAGCCAGACAGCCUGAAGGAGUUUCUCCAGAUCGACCUGCGCUCGCUGCACUUCAUCACCCUUGUGGGCACCCAGGGUCGUCACGCGGGAGGCAUCGGCAAUGAGUUCGCCCAGAUGUACAAGAUUAAGUACAGUCGGGAUGGAAGCCGCUGGAUCUCGUGGAGAAACAGGCAGGGCAAGCAGGUGAUCGAAGGAAACAGGAACGCCUACGACAUCGUCCUCAAGGACCUCGAGCCGCCCAUCAUCGCCCGCUUCGUCCGCUUCAUGCCCGUCACAGACCACUCCAUGAAUGUCUGCAUGAGAGUGGAGCUCUACGGCUGCGAAUGGCUCGACGGUCUCGUGUCGUACAACGCUCCGGCGGGAGAGCAGAUGAACUUGCCUGCUAACCCUGUUUAUGUCAACGACUCUGUCUAUGAUGGAGCUGUCAUCCACAGUAUGACAGAAGGUUUGGGGCAGCUGACAGAUGGAGUGUGUGGUCUGGAUGAUUUUACACACAGCCACGUCUACAAUGUGUGGCCCGGGUAUGACUACGUGGGAUGGAGCAAUGAGAGCUUCCCAAGCGGAUAUGUGGAAAUCAUGUUUGAGUUUGACCGCACACGAAACUUUACCACCAUGAAGGUCCACUGCAACAACAUGUUCUCACGGCACGUCAAGGCCUUCCGCCAGGUGGUGUGCUACUUCCGCUCCGAUUCAGACUGGGAGGCCUCGCCGCUCUCCUUCAGCCCUGUGGUGGACGAGAAGAACCCCAGCGCCCGCUUCGUCACCGUCAACCUGGCCAAUCACAUGGCCAGUGCUAUCAAGUGUCAGUUCUACUUUGCUGAUGCCUGGAUGUUGUUCAGUGAGAUCACCUUUCAGUCAGAUACAGCCAUGUACAACACAACACUGGCUCCACCCAAGACAGUGCUACCACCUAGCACACAACCAGAAGAUGACCCCACCCACAAAGUGGAUGACAGCAACACCCGGAUUCUGAUUGGUUGUUUAGUGGCCAUCAUCUUCAUCCUUGUGGCCAUCAUCGUCAUCAUCUUGUGGAGGCAGGUGUGGCAGAAGAUGCUGGAGAAGGCCUCUCGCCGGAUGUUGGAUGAUGAACUAACCGCUAGUUUGUCAAUACAGAGUGAGACGUUCGCCUACAACCACAACCAGUCGAGCACAACCAGCGAGCAGGAGUCUAGUUCCACUUAUGAGCGCAUCUUCCCUCUCGGUCCUGACUACCAGGAGCCGUCACGCCUCAUAUGCAAGCUGCCAGAGUUUGCUCAGAGCUCAGAGGAGCCUGCCUCCACCAGCACAGCGGCGUCUAAAUCCACCACAACUACCGUAGCCCAAGAUGGCGUCCCUCACUACGCAGAGGCAGACAUUGUAAACCUGCAAGGCGUGACUGGCAGCAACACGUACGCCAUCCCUGCAGUAACUAUGGACCUGUUGUCAGGGAAGGAUGUUGUAGUGGAGGAGUUCCCAAGGAAGCUGCUCACGUUCAAAGAGAAGCUGGGAGAGGGCCAGUUUGGCGAGGUGCACCUGUGUGAAGCAGAGGGAAUGCAGGAGUUCAUGAAUAAAGAGUUCUUAUUUGACAUCCCAGAGGACCAGCCAGUUUUAGUGGCUGUGAAGAUGCUCCGUUCAGAUGCCAACAAAAAUGCAAGGAACGACUUCCUGAAAGAGAUAAAGAUCAUGUCACGUUUGAAGGACCCCAACAUCAUCCGCCUGCUAGCUGUGUGCAUCUACAGCGACCCUCUCUGUAUGAUCACAGAGUACAUGGAGAACGGAGAUCUCAACCAGUUCCUGUCCCGCCACGAACCCGAGGGGCAACUUGCUCUGCUCAGCAAUGCGCCUACUGUCAGCUUCAACAAUCUGUGCUACAUGGCCGCUCAGAUAGCAUCGGGGAUGAAGUACCUCUCCUCUUUAAACUUUGUUCAUCGAGACUUGGCCACGCGGAAUUGCCUGGUGGGCAAAAACUACACGAUAAAGAUAGCUGACUUUGGCAUGAGCAGAAACCUGUACAGUGGCGACUACUACCGCAUCCAGGGCAGAGCGGUGCUGCCCAUACGCUGGAUGUCAUGGGAGAGCAUCCUGCUGGGUAAGUUCACCACAGCAAGCGAUGUGUGGGCCUUCGGGGUGACCCUGUGGGAGAUAUUAAACUUCUGCAAGGAGCAGCCCUACUCUCAGCUCACGGAUGAGCAGGUGAUAGAAAACACGGGGGAGUUUUUCAGGGAUCAGAAAAGACAGAUCUACCUGCCUCAGCCUGUGCUGUGUCCAGACUCGCUCUACAAGAUCAUGCUGAGCUGCUGGAGGAGGAACGCCAAGGAACGGCCCUCCUUCCAGGAAAUACACCGAGCCCUGCUGGACUAACAGCCAGGGCGACCUUAAAGACAGUGAUUCCCAGUCUGCUCAUCUCUGGAGGGAAUGGUGCAUGACGAGAGUAGACCACGAUUCAGACACAAUCCAGGUUUAAGCUAUCUUGUUUCAGUAGAGAAACAGGGUGAGAGCCACCUGUGGGGUCCAAGCUACCAUAUGGGAAACACUGUUUCAUGGACUUACACACCACAAAGAUGGACUACCAGGAGACUUUUGGUGUGUGUCAGCUUUAACUGGCACAUUGGCUGAGAUGUUUUAUUAACAUGCAGGUAUUAGAAAAAUCUACUCUGUUUAAUACAACACCAAACCCCGAAACACACAGAAACAGGAUUAAGGUUUCUUUGUGACGCCUUGAGCAAGUAUUAAUAAAAAUAUUAAAUGUAGCAAGUGACAUGUGGCACUUUUGAAAAUGUACUUUAAUUUACUUUUUUGUUUUUUAGUAUGAGUUUUUAGUGAGUUCCCAUGUUCCAGUGUUUGAUAAGAAACUUCUUGUGUUUUCUUUUGGAAGACUGCUUGAAUGUAGAGAAGUGCAGCAAAGUCCUUACUGUCACAUUUCAUUAUAUUUCAAGUAUUUCAUCUCAGUUUCAUCUCAUUUAGGAAAUAUCAAGUAACUCAGCCUUUCUCUCAUCCCCCUGCAGUUUUCCUACGGUGAUUUGAAAAUGAAGUGUAUAUGACUGUGUAUUUUCAGUAGAUAAGUUUAAAUCUCAAAUAGCAAUAUUUUGUAUUAAUAUUUAUAUGUUCAUAUGUGUUCGUUCUGUUUAUGUUUUGUUGAUAUGAUUGUGGACUAAUAUGCUGUUUAAGUUGUUAUAUUUUGAUUUUCAGUCAUUUUCCUGCUCACAUUUUGGAUUUAAAAACUGCAUCAGAAUAGUUUUUUGUUUCCUACUGCAAACUAUUAUUGUCUUGCAUUGAUCACAAACUUAUAUCAGCUGCAAGAUCUUUGAUAAUUGAUCAGAUAUUAACAGGAAUGCAGGCUGUGUUUUGACCAUGUGCAGUAUGUUGGGUCAGUAUGUGAUUACAGUCAGCAUCAUUGGGAAGGUGUUACUGAGCGUGUUGUGUUGCAUAUAGUUUGUCUCAUUGACAGAGAAAGUGUGUUGCCCUUGAAAUCAUCAUUAUAAAGGAAAUGGGAAUAUUCAUCUUAAAUAAUGUGUUAGACUGGAACGGUAUGAUGGCUUCGGAUCAGUUUACGUUAGCUCAUCAGCUAACACGGCUAAUGACUCGUCUACAGGUUUUAGUUAUCAGCAGCCAGUUUGUUCCUUCUUUUAUCGACGCAUGCUGGAUUCUUUCUUCUUCUAUUCUCACGUAAUGUAUGACUGUGAUAGCUUGAACUUUAUCCUACAUACCACUGUUUUAGCCUGUUGAGCAGAGGCCUUUGCCCCUCUUAUGUCAUACAUAAACUACACACGUGUCCGCCAUAAUAUAUGUUCAAGUCAUCCUUAUCUUUCUCAGUUUUGCAAGCAGGGCGAUCAAAUCCAUACAAGUUAGUUGAAUAUGAUAUUCGGUCUGGGGAAGCGUUUGUGAAGCAUGUGGUGAUUUACAUUUUCGUUUAAGAUCCUCUCAGUGCUAUAAAUGAAUCAGAUGUACAGUUGUAAAAAAAAAUGUAAUGGCACCCUGACAAAUUUCUCGAUUAGUUUUAUUACAUAUUUGUACACGUAUGUUUUUUUCCAGUCAGAAUGUUUUAUAUACGUUGUAAACAAAAGUUAAAAGACAAAAUGCAAAUAAAAUUCAA